AUGCCAAAUAGCACCGCCUCGCCCAGGUACCAGGAUGAACUAGACGAGGAGGACGUCGAUCAGCUCUCCGCUGUCGAUCGAGAUUUUGUGAUGAACACAAAGGACCUCUUCGAAGAUGUCGACACGGAGCUGCUUAGCGAGGACUUCGUGCCGCACGAGCACGUUGUCGGCAUCAUUGUCUCGGAAACCACCGGCGGCGAGGCGUCGCUGCACGAGAUCGACGACAACUUGAUGGACUACAAGGACCUCGAGGCUGAAAUCAACGCGGACCUUGCCGACUACAUCGACGCUCACCACCAGGAGUUCAACAACGCCAUCUACGACUUCUCCGAGAUGGUACUGGCGGUCUCCGGCAGCGACGACACACUGGCGCAGUUCAAGAAGGAGCUCGCCGACGCAGUAGGCUCGCUGGAAAGUCACGCUGGGGAGCUCAAGGUGUUGCGGCUGCGUGCCGCCAAAUCACUGUUCAUGGUCGACGCGUUCAAGCACAUCCAGGAGGUGGUUCUCGCCGAAACGGAGGUGAAGGGUCUCAUACAGAAUCGACACUACCUUGCGGCAGUGCAGAAGCUGCAGACGCAGGCGCGGCUACUCGCCAGUGACGAGAUGAGGGGUGUACGCGCAGUACAGACUCUUCGCGACACACACAACGCUACCGUGUCGACGCUGCACCACCUUAUUAUCGACGACCUGCUGGCGUGCGUUUUUCGGCAUGAGCGCCUUGUAGAGGCGGAUGCGCAGCUUCUGCAGGCGUUACUUGAUAGCAGCGAGCGUGACACAAAGGACACCCACGUGGCUGCUCCAAGCAUGCAGGACGCCAUCUAUACGUAUUGGAAAGGAGCCAAUAUUGGCACAUCCGGCAAUGACGGCACGGUGGAGGAGGAGGACAGUGCGGGCGAAACUCACCGAGAGGGCGACGGCGGCGGCGGCGGCGCCUCGACACACGGCGGCACCACUGCAGACUCAGCGACGGCGGCGGGUGCAGGCAGGUCUGUCAGGAAGGAGCACACACUCGCUGCGAUCAUCGAGACGCUCACUGAUGACCCGACGGAGGACCACGUGUUUAGCAACUACCUCAAGUUUGUGCCUCUCAGCAUCAAAAGCCUCAUGAUGCUGGGCAAAAUUGAUCGCUGCCACGAGACCUUUUUUAGUCGCGCGACGCGUAAUAUUGAGCGCUUUAUCGCCCACUUUAUAUCGCUGUACGACGCAUGGCGGCGUCGCACUCGCAACGGGGUGAGUCUCAGCAACGACGAGGCGGAGGCUGCCAUUCGCGGCACGUACGUGCGCGCCCUCGACCUCGCCAACGACCUCAUUUCGUUCGACGAAGCCGUGGCUACCAUUCAGGGGCGCGACCUGCACUCGAUGCUCGGGGCGCUCUUCACCGAGCUAGAAAAGGUCCUUCGCAACGCGGCGUAUCUGCAGAAGGUCGUCUUGGCGGCACACUUCCCUUUUGUGUCCUCCUUCGUUGUCCAGCCGGUCCCGUUUUCACCGGAGGCGACGUCGAGCCAGUGGAACGUGGUGGAUGUCCCGUUGCGAAGCGCAACGUGGCUGCGCGACACGCUGACGACGGCACUAGACUACGCUCAGAAUAGCCUGCCCAAGGUACCAGCUACGCAUGAUGAGUCGUCGUCGAACUCCCUGCACGCCAGUGGUGGCGACCAAGACGCCGAUGAUGUCAUGACAAAAUUCUUGAGGUUUUUCAACGUGGAUGCCGUGCUGGCACCUCUGAAGACCGAGGCGGUGGAGAAGGAUGCUGCUCCUGCAGCAGCUGCAGCCGCAGCGCCCUUAAAGCUGAAGAGGUCUGGCAGCGUCGAGUCGGUCGCUGCGAGCGACUCCUCCCCUUUCCUCAGCUUCGACCAAUGCAAGCCCUUUCUCACGUUACGGGGCAUCUGCGACCUUGUCGACAGCGCGUGCGCCCAGACGCUCGCUACGUACCCCUCCACUCCUAAGGCGGUGCUGCGCAAGCUGCAGCUGACCCUCACCGCUGUGCUGCGAGAUGCCGUACGGGUGAAGCUGGUCGCGGAAGUGCAGGGGAUGUUGCAGGAGUGGGACCUGCAGGUGUUGUGGUCGCAGCUGAACUACCACAUCGAGCUUUUCUUCCACGCCAUCUGCGACGCAAAGGAGGCGCAGGACGAGACCGACGACGCCGUCACGCUGCUGCCCUUCCUUCGUCAGAAGAACUUGAUCAGUCGCGUGCAGCGUACUGCCAACAACUUGCAGGAUUCUGACAAACAGGGCGACGAUGCAUCCACGCUGGAGCGUCUUUUGUCUACAUUCGAGUCCGGCGGCGUGCUGCGCAUGAUGGAAGAGACGGGCACUGUGUCGUUCAGCCUGGUCGGCGCGGUGAAGAAGGCACAGGCAGACCUCCGAAAGGUCAGUGAGGGGCAGACACGCCAGUUGGAAGCCAUGCAGAGCGACACAGCCAAGUUCAUGGCGCUCGCGGACAGCGGCCAGGGCGGCGGUGGUGUGAGCGGGGCACGGGCACCACUGGUACUGCUGCACGCGAACAUGCUGCGCCGCUGGUUUGUCUUCACCGCGAUGAACGCUCUGACGUGCUACGUGUGUGCGGCACGGUUCUACAGCCGCUGCUGCGACCGUGUUCCGGAGUUCCGCCUGCUCAGCGAGGAGAGCUGCAUCGUUGGCUUCUUCAAGCGCUUCCUGCGCGCCACGUACAUUCCCACCCUACACGCCUUUCACUCACAGCAGCUGCAGCUGCUGCUCAUGGGCAUCGGUGACAACGCCGGCAACAGUGCUGCAGGAGCGGCGUCGUCUGCCUCUACGCCGCUUGCAGGCACGGACCCCACAGCGCAGCGCAGCGGCAAGGCGCCGACGGCGAUGAACACACUCAACGGCGCUUGGCCGGCGGUUGUCGUGGACGAGGUGCAGUACCCCAUCCUUGCGUGUGUGCAGUAUGUGGGGCAGGUGCUGGCGAAGGUGAAUAACGUGCGCGACAUUCUUCCCAAAUCCCUGACGGAGGAGGUGGAGCAGAACACGUCGGAGGCGCUUAUCAUGGAGCUGGUGGUAUUCCUGAAGCGACAGGUACAGUGGCUCGGCCGCGGCACCCUCGCCCACCGACUGCUGAACAGGCCCUUCGCGGACGCGUUUGCCGGCAUGCCAAAUCGCAAGUGGGCUGCUCUGGUGGACGAAGAGAAUAUCAUGGAGGCACACAAGUACAUUGAUCAGGACCUCUACCGCUACUACCAGUUCAACAGUAAUGAGCGGACGAGCGGGCACGAGUACAACUCGACGGUGUCCCUGCUGGAGGCGAUGCGCAUGUUAGAGACAUCGUUUGCCGUCUCCCCUGGAGGUGGCGGCGGUGCGGAUGACGCGGAGGCAGAGUUGGAUCGGCAGAUUGGCCGGAUGGAGCCACGGGACAUCUGCGUGCACGACGACAGCACCCUCGUCGCGUUCGCGCUUCUCUGCACCUCGGCCGAGUGGCUGUGCGAUUUGCUGCUACGCUACCUAUGGCCGAGCCGACGCACUGCGCACAACUACACGGACUGCUGCGUGCCGGGCUACUGCUUUACUCAGGAGAUGCGCAUCAGCACUGCCACCUCCUCGGAGUUUAUCGACAGUGACUACGCGGCGCAGCAGAAGGUCCGCCUUUCGAGCCACCUCGUGCGUCUCUGCUCGAUUGCGCAAGUCGCGCUUUUUCACCUGUCUGUCGAGGCACGCUUUCUUGCGUUUCUGUUUCUUCCGCAGCUGCGUGAUGUAUCAUACGACGUGGUAGCGGUGUCGAGCGCCGCCGACAUGUUCGUCCAGGCGUACGCGCGGCGUGUGCACAACUUCUACGCGAUCCUGCGCCAGCACCUACACGCGAAGAAGAUCAAGUACACGUGCCUGACUGCUGGAAAGCCGGCGAGUGAGUUAAUCUUGAUGGAGCUGGCCCAUCUCCGCAACAAGGCCAUCUCGCAGGCCGGUCUUAUGCGACUGCGAACGGACCUCCUGGUUAUGCAGACCACGCUGCAGCUAAUUCUCCCAACCGACACCGACGUGCGAGAGGUGGUACCGCGCCUUUUUCUCCGGCCGGCACUAUUUCUGCGGUACAUCUUCAACAGGGACGUGGUUAGCGAGAUUGUGUCCAGCUUGGACUAUCUUAACUUCUCCACAAAAGAGGUGGAGGUGCUGAUUCGGCUUGUUUUUCGGCAAGUGUCCGGCGCCAACGACGAUACACUGGCGGUGCAGCACAUUCAAUGGUUCUACCAGAAGCUCAAAAUUAUUCAGAAUUUGCGCUACUCGAGCACCGAUGCUGGCAGCCGCGGCAGUAUUGGCAAAGCUUCGCCGCAACCUGCUGCCCAUGACGCAUCUAACGGCGGCGUUAGUGGUGAUGCACCGUCGUCGUUGGUGCCGCUCUCCAGAAACGCGGCUGCUGUGGUUGCCGCCGCGCUGGACGGCGGGGAUGACUACCACAACAGCGCUUUCAGCUACGACGAGGGCGGCUCGGACGCGUCGGAUUCGCAGCCGCCACCGCUACCCCUUUUAUCCGCCACUAGGGGUCGUCAGUCCGCCCUGGGUGGCCUCGCUGCAUCGCCUAGCAUCUCAGUUCCUUCAACACCGGUGCCGGCACCACUGCCUGCCUCUACCGCCGCGGCCCCAGUCAGCACACAACCUGCGACCACCAGUGAAGAGGACGAGGAAGACGAGGAAACACCAGAGGUGUCGACGAUGCAGCGAUCCGUUCGCCAGCCACAGCAAUCUCCCAUCAUUCCAGGCGCUGCCGCGGCUCGCUCAUUCACGUCUGCUACUGCUGCUGCUGGUGGUGCAGUGGCGGCAUCGCUCGGCAGUCGCUCGAUGCUUCACGCGGGCCCCACCUCGCUGCAAGCCACGCCAUCUCCAUCUUCCUUGAGCAGCGCCGCUGCAGUGAAGCCAGCGAUGGCGCGACCGGUUGUUCCGCCUCUCGCCACGGAGCCUUUGAGAGGCGCAUCUGCAACGGCACCCACACCAUCCGCCAAGACCGGUGCUGUGAAAGUGGAGGAGCCCAGCGAGGACGAAGACGAUGAGGAGUACGAGUACGAAGAGGAGGAAACUUCGGAAUACGAGGAAGAUGAGGAGGACGAGGAAGAUGAGGAAGACGAGGAAGAUGAGGAGGACGAGGAAGAUGAAGAAGUCCCAACCUCAGCUACUUCUGUCAAGAGGCCACUGCAUCCUCCGCCCCAUCCAGCGGUAGCCCCAAACAGCAGAGCUUCCAUGGCUAGCGGGGGACCAUCUGCAUCGACCGCCUUCGCCCGCAAAUGA